ACUACAGCUCCCAGCGCCGCGCCGCGCGGUGACAUCAUGUGCGGUGGCUCGGAGGUCACAUGCCCCGCCGGCCCCUUUGUUUUGAGCGGCGCUGGCAGCGCGAGCGGCGGCGGAGAGGCCCGAGCGCUGCACCGCUGCGGAUCGCACCCUGCGCUCACACCGAGCGGAACCGACCCGACUCCGGCGGCCGCGGCUCCCGCGGGUGCAGCGCGGCGGGGGCGCUCCCGGCUGCGGUCAGCGGUCCGGCCACGCCAGGGGAGCAGCGGUGGGCACGGGCUGGACGCCACCUCCGCUGGCAGCAGCACAACCCCUGCUCAGCCUCAGACCGUAGCACUGAGAAGGAGAAACUCUGCAAAUUUUUCUCAAUGACUCUAUAGCCAACUGAUGUAACAAUGGUACUAAUAUUGGGACGCAGACUGAAUAGAGAGGAGAGUGGGAUACGAGACUCCCCUGCAACCAAGCGGAAAGUUUUUGAAAUGGACCCAAAGUCAUUGUCAGGCCCUGAGUUUUUCGACUUCUCCUCGGGAUCAUCCCACGCGGAAAGCAUCCUGCAGAUCUUCAAUGAGUUCCGGGACAGCCGGCUGUUCACAGACGUGAUCAUCUGCGUGGAGGGCCGGGAGUUCCCCUGCCACCGCGCCGUGCUCUCGGCCUGCAGCAGCUACUUCAGAGCCAUGUUCUGCAACGACCACCGGGAGAGCCGGGAGAUGCUGGUGGAGAUCAACGGCAUCUUCGCCGAGGCCAUGGAUUGCUUUCUGCAGUACGUGUACACGGGCAAGGUGAAAAUCACCACAGAGAACGUGCAGUAUCUCUUUGAAACAUCGAGUCUCUUUCAGAUCAGUGUCUUGCGUGACGCCUGCGCCAAGUUCCUGGAAGAGCAACUGGAUCCUUGCAACUGCCUGGGAAUCCAGCGCUUCGCAGAUACGCACUCGCUCAAGACACUGUUCACCAAGUGCAGGAAUUUUGCGCUGCAGACAUUUGAGGAUGUGUCCCAGCAUGAAGAGUUCUUGGAGCUGGGGAAGGAUGAGCUCAUUGAUUACAUCUGCAGCGACGAGCUGGUGAUCAGCAAGGAGGAGAUGGUGUUCGAGGCCGUGAUGCGCUGGGUGUACCGCGCCGUGGAGCUGCGCCGGCCGGUGCUCCACGAACUGCUGACACACGUCAGGCUCCCGCUCCUGCACCCCAACUACUUCGUUCAGACUGUGGAGGUGGACCAGCUGAUCCAGAAUUCCCCAGAGUGCUAUCAGCUCCUGCAUGAAGCCAGACGAUACCAUAUCCUUGGAAACGAGAUGAUGUCUCCCAGAACUAGACCACGCAGAUCAACUGGUUAUUCUGAGGUGAUAGUUGUUGUUGGAGGCUGUGAACGAGUUGGAGGGUUUAAUUUGCCGUACACGGAGUGCUAUGAUCCCGUAACAGGAGAGUGGAAAUCACUGGCUAAACUUCCAGAGUUUACCAAGUCCGAGUAUGCCGUGUGUGCUCUACGGAAUGAUAUUCUUGUUUCAGGUGGAAGAAUCAAUAGCCGGGAUGUCUGGAUUUAUAACUCUCAACUUAACAUUUGGAUCAGAGUUGCUUCCUUAAAUAAAGGCAGAUGGAGACAUAAAAUGGCUGUUCUUCUUGGUAAAGUGUACGUGGUUGGGGGCUAUGACGGGCAGAACCGGCUCAGCAGUGUGGAGUGUUACGACUCCUUCUCCAACCGCUGGACAGAGGUGGCUCCCCUGAAAGAGGCCGUGAGCUCCCCGGCUGUGACCAGCUGUGUGGGCAAACUCUUUGUCAUCGGGGGUGGGCCUGAUGACAACACCUGUUCUGACAAGGUUCAGUCUUACGAUCCUGACACCAAUUCUUGGUUGCUCCGUGCAACGAUCCCCAUCGCCAAGAGAUGUAUCACGGCCGUGUCCUUAAACAACCUGAUCUACGUUGCUGGUGGGCUCACCAAAGCCAUCUACUGCUAUGAUCCCAUUGAGGACUACUGGAUGCAUGUACAGAACACGUUCAGCAGACAGGAGAAUUGUGGCAUGUCUGUGUGUAAUGGAAAAAUCUAUAUCCUUGGUGGAAGACGGGAAAAUGGUGAAGCCACAGACACUAUUCUUUGUUAUGACCCUGCAACGGGCAUUAUCACAGGAGUAGCAGCCAUGCCCAGGCCAGUAUCGUAUCAUGGCUGUGUGACCAUUCAUAGAUAUAAUGAAAAAGGCUUUAAACUGUAAUUUUUUUUUUCCUGAAAAAAGAAGAAAACUGCAUGAAUGAAUCCAGUGGUCUGCUGCAAGACAGGCUUUUUAAAGAUUCCUGAAGUGGGAAUUCCCUGCCUAAGUGUCGUAUGAAAAUUAUAUCCUGUGCCUUUAGAAAAAGGGUUCAUUUAACUGACAAAACAAGUCUCCAAACCUACCCAGUAACCAGAGUUCAUUUCUAUCUGCUGUGGACUCUGAUACAAGAGCAGUAACAGUAUGUUGUACUAGUGGUCAGCAAAUUUGCCCUAUGUGUGAUUAGUAAUUAAAAUCUUGGAAGCUUUUUGGGGAAAGUGCCUUCACAAGCUUUUGUGCCUCUGUCCUAAGAAGCAAUAUCUGCAAGGUGUUUCCAGUUCUGCUAAUGGGAAAAAUAGAUUCUUUGAUCCCAAAGAAUCAUCUAAGAUAAUUAUUUAUAAUUUAAAAAGUUUAAAUAAUUGUAGUUCGUAGGCAGCAUUCCUGCAGGCAGAUUACUUGGCUUAACCGAGCAGAUUCAAUGUCAGAUCAUGCAUGGUUUGGAAUUAAAACCCCAAAAACCGUCAACAAAACAAGCUACAUAGGACAAAUAGGAGAGUCUUUGAGGAAUGCUUUUUUCUGAAGGAGAAACUGGUUGUUUUGUGAGCCACCACAACACACUGCAUGACAGGUACCUUAACCCUGUGGACCUUAUUCAUAGUGUUGAUAGAUGUCCAUCAGAAGUACAAGGCUACAUGACAUGGAAAACCAGGGGGGUGUAGGCCAUGUGUCUGUGAAGCAAAUUUUGAGUCCCAGUUUUUACCUUUGUGAGCAGUAUGGCUGAAGGCUGAAGGUUACUGGGUUCUCUCUUUGCUCACUGCGAAGUAUCUCUAUUAAAGAAAUAAAAGAUGAUGGACUCUGGAUUCUUCCACUUACCUGAAUCACAUUAUAAAUUACCUGAGGAUAGAGUUAGGACUUGGGUUGUGCCCUACAGCUUAUAAAUUGUUUUUUUGGAUGUCUCAUCUGCAGAGAUGGCAGAGUAUCCACCAAGUAUUUCUUGGCCUUUCUUCAGACAAUCACUCAGUACAGUUAAACUACCAUAUAAACUGUUUCACCACAGAUAAAGAAGCUCUGGGAAGGUCCCUACUGUCACCAGAAAAAUAUCUGUGGACCUGUCCAUGUAGCCAUAUGAGGUGACUCCCAUAUGACAUACUUUGGAUAAUUUUGAAGCCAAGGAAGCGCCUGUAUUUUGACACACACCACCAUUUUUUAGGUUUUUUUUCAGUAAAGGUAUUUUUUUUUAAGUCUUCUCUAGAUUUCUGUUCUAGGUCUCUUUAUUUCCAGUGCGCAGUUGUACAGUUGAGGCACAGAGUUCAUAAAAACUGAAAUAGCACUUAAGAGUUGGAAAAUGAAUAGGAUUGUCUGUACCAAUUUCCUGUUAAUCACCAAAAACCUCAGGAACUGCCUUUUAAAGGAAUUCUGAGGACAGCAGCCAGUAAGGAAGUUGGUCAGUGCCAGGGCAGAAGAAAAACCAUAAAAUCUCUGCAGAGCCAGCCCUGGCCUCAGGAUUCUGGUCUCUGUGAUUGCUCGGAGGGUGAAAAUAAGCACCAUAUCUGGAACGUUGUUUGUUCCACUGGACUUUCCUCAUGUGUUUUCCCAGAGUAUUUCUUCAUGAGAUGGAAAUUCUGACCCUCAGUGAAGCUGUGCCAAACUGGGAGUCACCGUUUUCGGUAACAUGGUCAUGACUUUUAAAGAGCACUGGGAGCUGCACUUUGGGAUGCAUUGCCUUGUAACCUCAGGAAAGGACACAAAUUUCAGUUUCUGGCUGAAACCAAACACUGCUUUGUAUAUGCUGAAUAAGAAUACUGAUAGAAUACAAAUCUCUGCAUAUCAGUGAUUGAUCAGGAAGUCAGUUCCUGAGCAGGUACAUCCACAUUGCCCUAAGAAGAAAGUCCCUCGGUAAUGCAAGACAAAUGAGUCAGAUAAAUUAAUCCUUUUCUAAAUUCCUUCUGUUUCUGCUCACCAAGUUAUACUUUGAAAAAGCAAUUUCAGUACCUGUGAAUAAGGUCUGUUGAUUGCGAUGGUAAUUGCCCAGUAACUCAUACUAUAUACUAACAGUGUAUAUAGCUUGUGCCAUCAUUUUAAAUGAAAAUGUCAAAAAUUCUAGGAGCACUUAAUUAGAGAUGCAAUUUGAAAAAUACUCUCCUUUGAUUUCUUCCUGUUUGUAUUCAGACUUGUAAUGUUGAUUGUCAUGCUAAACUGUUUUUUAACAGUCCUUAUUCUGUAGGUGUAGAACAGUGUCAUUUAAUCUGUGUUUAUAAUACUGCACUACUCUGUAAAUAACAAGAUACUGCUUUCUAUGGUUUUGAAGAUGCAUUUUAUAGUUUAGUUGUCUUUUCUAACAAUUUAUGUACUGUUACUGUUACCUAUUAUUUUGAAAAUGACAGUGUUUAAUGAACAGUAAAUGCAGAAAUGUAGAUGCAGAAGAAAACUUCUGCUUACAAUUCCUGACAACCUGUAUUCAGUGCUGAGCAGUUACAGAUGUGGAGCAUUGCUUAAUGGCAGUUACUUAUGCAAUGAUUUCCUUACAACAGGCAGUGAGAUUUUCUUCUUGCUUGUUAACUCAGUAAAUAAUUUUCACUUAUGGCCUGCUCUGUUACAACAAUUAUUCUUAGAUGUGCUAGAAAAGGAAUGAUUCAACUUUGGUUUAAUGAAAAUGAACCAUUUUUCUAGAAGGGUGCAUUAAUUUGGAAGUUGCAUUCCUGAGCCACCUGUUCUCCAAUGCAUUUCACUUAGGUAUAAAUGAAUUCCAAGAUUUAAACUGUCACUAUUAUGCAUAUUUAGCUGCUUGUAGUUUAUGGGCUUGAGCAGGAAGCUGGGAAGGUGGAAGGGGUUUGUCUCAGCUAGGGAAGAAAAUUAUUAAAGCCAUGUACUCUAAUCAAAAUAAUCACCAUCAUAAAUGGUGACAGGUUUGGUAGCUCUAGAGCACCUGCACAAAGAUGUAACUUCAGUCCAACCACACAUGGGAAGAGGGCCCAAGUAUCUCCAAGUAACACCUAAAAAAUAAUUUUUAAGCAUUGUCUUCACUAAACAGGAAUGAGUAAAUAUUUUUCUUCUCCAUUUUGAUGUCCAGUUCUGUUCUUAGUAAUGUGAUGUUAAUUGAAAAGAAAGUUGAUGCUUCCUCACAGCCGGGGUUCUGGAAGGUUCUGAAUCACCAAUUUCAGUACUGCAGUACAGAGCAGCCUCCAGCCUUCUGCUUUGAGCUGAAGCAUUUCCCCCUUUUACAGCCAUCAAGCACGGAACAGUUCCUGGGAAUCAUGUUAGUUGUACUUGUAGGCUCCCUCCUUGAUAAUGCUUAAGUAGGCAUAAUUUGUGGAAUCUCUUCCAUCAGAUGAGUCAUUUUAUACUGUGUGCCUGCAUUUUGGGAAUUGGGCACUGUGCUUUCCACUCCAGCACCAAGGGGUCCAGAUUGAGCACUUUUUAAUUUGCACCAAUGCAGUUCUCAUCAAAGAUUGCUUUGUGGUACUCUCUGAAGCAGAGAUGUUAAUGCAGAUCAUCUUGAUAUGGACCCUUAUCAUAAUUUACUGAAGCUUUUUAAAUGAUAUUUUUAAUACUGCAAAUUUUUGAGAGAGGCUCAUGAUGUAGGAAGAGGAAAUGCUCACUUUGACAGAGGUUUAGAGGAAGCUUGAGAGUAAGGACACCGCUGUCUGUUCCAGCUUCUUCCUCAGAAUAGUUGAGUUCACCACAUUAUCUUAGGGAAAUACUCAGUUUAUCUUGGUUUUUCUUUACUUGAGCUGUAAGGACAGAAGGAGAAGCAGGAGACCUGCUCACUGCCUGUGACUUCAGGUUCCCCUCCUGCCCGAGGCCGAUGGGGCAGAGCCGUGAGCUUUGUCCAGCUCCAAAGAGACGAGACAAGAGGAACUCGCUGGAGCGGAGAGGUGGCAGGAGGGGUUUGUACAUGUGGCUGGGCUUGCUGAAACCAAGGUGUUCUGGAUGCUCACAAGUUUGCAAUUCCAGAUGCAGAAACUCAGGUGGUAAAAAUAUUUUGUGUCUCCAUUCAGUGAACUCAGCUGGAGCAAUAGAUGUGCAGAUACGAUUAUGCUCUGCCAGUGGCAGAGCUCAGAAAAGCCAAAGGAUCAGCUUUCUGAAUUGCCCAACUAGGCAAGUAGAUGUGGGGUUUAUUCCUUCCACAGAAGAUGGCAAAAACCAAUCCAAGAGCAUUAAGAAACUCAGAAGACGUGAUCACUGUGAGGCACAAUGAAUAUUUUCAUCUGGAUGUAGUCGCACGCACACAAGAAAGUACAAAUGAAAAGGUUUGUUGUGCCUGGCUAAAAAAAUCUGAGCAACGUAUACUCAGAAAAGGAGUCUAAAUGGUAAGAUGAGAUUUCUAAGCAGAAAUUUGCUGUCUGGUUGGGAGCCAAGCAGUGAUUUUUAAAUUUUUUUUUAGUAUGUUUGGCACACAAGUUUCCUCAGUAUGGAAUUAUUUCAGAUAGCAUUAAUAAAAAAGGGAUGUGGCUGUCAGUUCAUCAUGACCAUGUCAGUGCUACUGAGCGUUGCCACACAACAGGCUCCUACCACCCCCAGACAGGAAGUGACUCGUGUUCUCUGCACGCUGCCUUUGCUCUCCUCCCUAACUAACGUUACCCAAGUUCAUCAAAGUAUACAGCCUUGGUAGUGUUACUGUCUGAGAACUGUAAACUAUUACAGGAGCAUUUCUUUUUUCUACUGUAGGGAUCCAGUCUACGCUCACGUUUGUGUGUGAACAUCUGCGUGUGAAUAAUUCUCUGAUCAUUUUCUGAUAGUGCUGUUAUAAGUGAGGCACAUAAAGCCCCUGUGUACAGCUUGUUAAUAAUGUAAUUAUAGCUUACUUUGUAUGCUUAGCUUUGAAGAAAAGAAUGUAUGUUAAUUUUGAAAAGACCUGUGCCUUAAAUUCACCUAUAUUUUUAUCUAUUGUGAAAAAGAGCUUGGAUUACUUCUCCCUAUUUGUACCUUUAUUAGGAUUGGUCUUACUGUCUGGACUGUUGAUGUCCCUCUAAGAGAAAUAAAUGUUGCCAUUCAUUUUAAUUAAAAUAGUUACACUUCUUGUUUAGGAUAUGCCUAGAGUGCUUCCAUUUAUACAGUGCUAUGGCAGAUAUAAUCUAGGGAAAUCAGUAUUUGUUUUUUUCUAUUUUUUGUUUCCAGCACACCUCAGUGACAAAGGACUGAGGUUAGUCUUUGACUUCCUGACCUUAAUAUGUACAGUUUCUUGUUUUAGUCAGUAGCCUCUAUGAUAUUUCUGAACUCUCUGAAGUCAUCAACCUCUUGUUCAAGAUACAAAAUAUGAAGCAAUAAUGUGGUGCAGCAUGGCAAUAAGCAAAUCAAGAGACUUGAAUGUAAUGUACUAUUACUAAUUUCAUCUAUGUAAAUGCUGGACCUAUGAGUCAUUCUCCUUUGGUGCACCUGUAGCAAUUUGGAGUCGGAUUAAUAGGAGCUACUUGGCCAUGGAAGGAGAGUUUACCUCCUGAACUGUUACUCAUAUGAUACUGUAUCUUCGCCUGAAAUCAUGUUUUGAUUUUCCUUUUUUGCUGAGGAAAACAGCAGUUUGGGUUAUUCCUUGCCAGUUCCUUUAUUUACUGAAACAUAAAAGCCGUAGUUCCACGAAGAGCUGAUCUUGUCCUGGAGAACAGCCUGGUGCAGCACAAGUGAUUGAACAGGAAAGCUCAGACCACUUACUGUGUGCCAGAGUCAAUGUAACGUGUCUUGCAUAUAACAUUGAGGUCUUCAGAUUGUGCUGACAGUAGAAAAGUGAUUUUGUUAUGUAGCACAAUUGCAAUAACACCUGUUAUAUUUAAAUAUAUUUCUUGCAUAAUUCUUUGAAAGUUUUUUAAAGUUCAGUGUACCUAAUAAACAUUUGCCUUUUGAAUAGUU